AUGGCAUCUCACAAUGCAGAACAGAUGAUCCUCCGGGAUCCAGCAUUAUUUUACUGGAUCCUGAUUCCUAUCACUGUUGUUAUGGUUUUAACUGGUAUCCUCCGCCAUUAUGCAACAGUUCUGAUGACCACUCUGCCCAAACCUGCGACGAGUCUUGCAGAAUACCGUGAGCGCCUCGCGCUACUCCGUGGAAUGAACCUUCGUACUAAUGCCUCCGCCGUCCUUACACCUCGUUCACUUGCGAGUCGCAAAUCAUAUCUAACCUCCGCCUACCACAGCGGCGCGUUUCUUAAGGACCCUAAUGCAAGAGGGCAGGGGGCACCAAACCCGAUGACGGAUCCAGCUGGCAUGGACGCUAUGAUGGCGAUGAUGAAAGGGAAUAUGGCGAUGAUGAUCCCACAGACCCUUAUAAUGGGGUGGAUUAAUGCUUUUUUUUCUGGGUUUGUCAUAUUGAAACUACCGUUUCCAUUGACAAUUCGGUUCAAAUCAAUGCUCCAGUCCGGUGUCAUGACCCGAGAUCUAGACGUGAGAUGGGUGUCAAGCCUUUCCUGGUACUUUUUGAAUUUAUUUGGGCUGCAGCCUGUGUUCGGUUUCAUUCUUGGAAGUGACAAUUCUGCCGGACAAAUCCUACAGCAAAUGGGGCCGAUGAAUCCUACUGCCACCGUCAACCCAUUCGGUCCUGGUCAAGACCCAGAUAAAAUGUUUUUAGCCGAGGCAGAAAACUUGGAGGUCAUGGAGUAUUAUUGUAUUUUUGAUGGGAUUGAAGAACGAUUGCUCCAAAGGUUAUCAUCACCUUAG